CCUUGGUGCUGUGUGUUUGGUUGCGGAUGGUGCAGGAUGGCGAUGGAGCCGAAUAAAACAGAGAUUCUCACGAUUUUCAAAAGACUGCGGGGGAUUCCCACAAAUAAGGCCUGCUUCGACUGUGCUGCUAAGAACCCGAGCUGGGCUAGUAUUCCAUAUGGAGUUUUCCUUUGCAUUGACUGCUCAGGGAUCCAUCGUUCACUGGGUGUUCACCUGAGCUUCAUCAGAUCCACGGAGCUUGACUCCAACUGGAGCUGGUUCCAGCUGAGAUGUAUGCAAGUCGGAGGGAACGCAAAUGCGACGGCGUUCUUCCGCCAGCAUGGCUGCACAACCAACGACACCAAUGCGAAAUACAACAGCCGUGCAGCACAGAUGUACCGGGAGAAGAUCCGACAGCUCGCCAACGCUGCUCUGUCCAAAUAUGGCACUGAUCUGUGGAUCGAUAAUACAGGAAACGUUCAUUCCCCGACUGCAGAGAAGAAAGAGGCGGAUUUCUUUGACGAGCACACUCAGGCUGCCACCAGCUGGGACAUGGCCUCCCCUUCCCUGUCGGAGCAGAAUGGAGCCAUCACCAUCAAUUCCCAACUGGAACAGGACGGUCCCAGAGUGGCCGAGACUGUCGCUGCUCAACUAGACGAAGGCCCCAGCAUUGAAGGGUUAAGCACAGAUACAAAAGCCCCUAUAGAUGUCUCAAUGAAAUUGGCGCCUGAUGAGCCAGAGCCUCUUAAAGAAGCGAGACCCUCCAUUAUAGGAAAGAAGAAACCCACCACUACAAAGAAAGGGCUGGGGGCCAAGAAGGGUCUGGGGGCGCAGAAGGUGAGCAGUAAGAGUUUCACUGAAGUGGAGAAACAGGCUCAGGUGGCCGAGAAGAUGAGAGAGGAGCAGGCCGCCGAGGCUAAGAAACAAGCUGAGGAGUCCAUUGUGGCGUCUAUGCGCCUGGCCUACAAAGAGCUGGAGAUUGACAGGAAAAUGGAAGAGAAGAGGCUGCAGAACCUGGAGGGGAAGAAGAGGGAGCAGGCUGAAAGACUGGGAAUGGGCUUUGGGAACAGGAGUGUUGUGUCACACUCGGUGAUGUCAGAGAUGCAGGUGAUUGAGCAGGAAACUCCAGUGGGGUCAAAGUCUUCCUCCCGCUCCAAACUGGACAUGUUUGAUGAGCCAGGGUUUACCUCAGGACCACCAAAGUACAAGGACAACCCUUUCACUGCGGGAGACAGCUUUGGCUCUCGGUGGGAUUCAGAUUCAGGCUCUGCUUCCUUCUCCUCGUCCUGGGCUCUGGAGAAGGAGGAGCCGAAAGAAACAGAAGUCACCAUCUCAAGCAUCCAGCCAAUUGGGGAAAGGUUGCCCAGCAGACGGAAACCAGAAGCCUCCGCGCCUGUUGCAGAGUCUAGUGAGGCACGGCAGAAGUUUGCUAAUGCUAAGGCGAUCUCCUCAGACAUGUUCUUUGGCCGUGAGACCAAUGCAGAGUAUGAGGCAAAGGCUCGGCUGGAGACCAUGUCUGGUAGUACCUCCAUUAGCUCUGCUGACCUGUUUGGAGAUGGUAGCAGCCGUACUUCAGCAUCGUCGGGAUUUGAAAGUGUGCUUCCCUCUGGACCGGACAUUGCCCAGUUUAAGCAGGGGGUGAAGACUGUGGCUGGAAAAAUGGCUGUGCUGGCUAACGGAGUAAUGAACACCAUUCAGGACCGCUAUGGCUCCUACUGAGAGGACUGCAUGAAUUGGACAGGAAAGGAAGUGACAUCAAACAGGACGUAUCACACUGCUGACUGGAUCUGGCCUUGUUUUUCUGUCCUGCAUUUACAUAAAACAAAGGAGAGAGAGAAAAUAGAGAAACAAAAAUAAGAGAGGUGGAAAGACAUGGGACCUUCCUGUCUCUGUCCCCAGACCUCUGUAGAUUGUCGCAGAACAACCCCCUGACAGUAUUUUCACUUUCUUUCUUUUUGCAAAUGUGUGGUUUUAUUUUCAGAUAACAAAAGCACUGAGAGGUGUAGAAAGUUUAGUUUUUUGUUUGACUUAUUUUCCAGAACCACAGUGCAUUUUGUUGAGACUAACAAGUUCUGUUUUCUAUGCCAUUUAUUGGUCUCAGAUUUCAAAGAAGUUGUUGAUUUGAAAAACAAAAGUGUUCGCUAUGAAAUGAAAUGUAUAACCAAACUUAUUCUUAGCUCUACCAUGUUCUCAUGGCUUUGUUUUUUUGUAUUUAAAUGGCAUCAUAUUCUACCUGAACAGUGCAGUUAAGACUGUAGUGGUGUUCACCUUAGAAAGAAAGGGAACUGAACCGGUUGACGUGGGUUUGGAUGUCAGCCGAUCUGCACAGGUGUGAGGGCGUCUUUCAGCCAGCUGUGAUGGAGACAGUCUGGGGCUUCAGAGUUUGAUCGACCGAGACAGGAUGUUGCCCUUUUCUUGGUGAGGUAGCUUUAUGUUUUCAGAAUCCAGCAAUUUGAGAUUGUUUCAGACAACAUGACACAAACAUAAUACGGUGCAAUACAUGCUUCAGGUUUGGGCGCGGCAGCGUGUGACUGGACACCUGGAACUGCUAGUGGAGUUUUACAUGUGAGGAAACGGAAAGGAUUCAUGUUUUUGUGCUGUUUCUCUAAGCAUGCCUAUGCAAGCCUGUGCUUGUAAAACUCCUCUCAAACCCUCAGGUUGCACUUCCAGUUUUCCCUCACACAUUUAAUAAGGUGCAAAAGGAGCAAGUCUGCUUGAUACAUGCUGGAAGCAGGUUCACAGAUAUGACCAUGUCUGUAGCCUGUUUGGUUUAAUAAAGAACAUGUGUUCGUAUGCAAAAGUCAAAUCACAUGUUUUGUUGAUUUUUCAAAGAUUUUUAACAGGGAACAGUGACUUUUUGUGCUAAUUUUAGUGUGCAGUUUGUUACUUUGUCCCCUCAUUUAACAUGGCGGGAAAAAAAUGAAACAGAAAAUAUUAAAACGUCAUAACCCCCCCCGUGUUUUCAGUGAAUAAACAAUAACUGCGCAUUAAAUGUGUUCCUUAUAGAAUGCGUACCUAGAAAAUCAAUCAAACACGUCAUUUGAGCAGGGCUGCCCAAACUUUUGCAUACGUUCACAUCAGCUGCCAGAAUUGACCUAUCCAAGCUCCGCUCAGAAAUGCAUUGUUUCGUAUCGACUGUUGUGAAAGGAGCAUGAGAAUUCCCAUUCAGCCUAGUGAGAAGUUGUUUGGGAUGCAGUGAUGUCGGAAUCGUAUCGGUUAUUGCGGGAAGCUUCUUAAAAAUCCAAUUGGCAUUGUAGAGAUGUAGGCAUUGUACUCCAGAAGAGCGGAGGGUUUAGGUGACGUUGGGUUAUUGUGCUAAAAUGUAUAUUCGUUUUAAUGCAUUUCUAAUCCUAUAGAUGAAAUUGACGAGCUCCAGUAAGAUAUUUCUUUACAUUGCUAGUCCAGGUGUGGUACCUGUUUCUGCAUUAUUUUUUUUAUAUAGAUAUAGAUGUGUUUUAUAAAUGUAUCGGCAAAUAUGUCCAUGAAAAAUAUCGGACAUUUGUAUCAGCCCACAGUUCCAAUAUCAGUGCACCCCUACAAAUUGUAACUAUUGUUUAUGGCUGAUCUGCAGUGUUGAGCUUCCAGUUGACCAUUCUACGCUACUGAGCUGGAUGUUGUUGCUAAUCAAAACUGGCUGGUACGUCAGCUUGAUUGUGGCAAAAAUAUACACUCCAUCAGUUCUUAAGGCUUGUUCACAUCAAAUCCGUUUGUUCAUGCAUGUUGACAGUCUUUCACAUCGAGUUCCAAACUGACUGACUGCAACGCUUCGUACUUUUUAAAACUGAAGUCUGCUUUAUUUCCUGUGUUGUACGGAUGCCUUAAACAGCAGACUGACCAAUCAAUGCCUACCAAUCCAACCAAAUGUUACAGCACAAUAUCUUAUACAACAAAAUGACUAAAAAUAUGGCGCUUAAAGGAAAUAAAUGCAGGACCAGAGCUGAAAGGCUGGGAAUAACUUUAGUACUACGCAGCUACUGUUUGUAGAUAUUCUUUGUCUGUUUAUAUCUGGGUUUUCAUCCACACUGGGUUGCAGUGCUUUUAAAAAAAAAUAAUAAAAAAAUUAUUUUAGUCCUUGGUGUGAACAGGCUUUAACAGUGUGACCAACUACAUACACAAACUUAUUUUCAAAACAACCCACCCCUCCAAAAAUGACUUGUGUGCUAGUUUGCCUGAGAUUUCCUCCAAGCAUUCUGUACAGCUUGUCCAGCCUAGCAACAGUUGCCGCUAAGGACUGUGUUUGUGGGCGGAGCUUGAAUUGGGUCAGUGAAAAAUGAAACGAGAUAAAUUUUCCUUUUGACAUUCAGACUCUUAAGUGAUGCUGUUCUCUCCUGUCUGCUCACGAUGUGCAUGUAAGAUUCUCCCUCAUACAUGCAUUACGAAGAUGUGUUUUUUUUCCACUUUGAUUGAUACCCGGUUGUAUUAAAGGAAGGGAUGGAAAAAUUCACGUCCCUCAGACUCGUCUGCCUGACCCUUUGUACCCCAGUGCAAAAUCCGCAAAAUAAAGGAGGAUGAACUUCAGCAGAAACAGUAAUUUAUUGUAGACAAGUUUUAUGUAAAUAAAGGUUGAAAUACCCCCCCA